AAAACAUAUUUAGCUUUCUAAAUACAGUGAAGAAGAAUUUUCAUAGAGAAAAAAAAAAGAAGAGUAAAAAUCUUGCUCCUCUCCCUAGUGCCAAAUGACAGAUGUCCCCAAUUCUCUCACAUAGUAGAAUACUUGUUCAACACCUUACUUCUAUUUCUCUUUCUCGUACUCUUUCUCGUACUCUUUCAUUCAUUGGCCAUUCUUUUCUCACCGUGAAACCCUAGAUUCCAGCGCGGAUCCAUGUCCCUCAACCGCCUCCUCUCCGCGGCCCGCCGCUCAGACCGGCGGGCCUCCGCACUCUCCUCCUUCCGAUCUCUCUCCGCGUCCCCCGCUCUCGCCCCCUCCGCCGCCUCCCCUCCCGCUCCACCGCCCCCCACCGCCAUGGUCUACGACCGCGCUGCCGAGGCCAUCAAGUCCAAGCUCCGCCAGCUCGAGAACCCAGACCCUCGCUUCCUCAAACACGGCAGCCCCCGCCCCACGCUCUCCGAUCACACUCGCAUCCUCGCUGCCCCUGAGACGCGCGUUACCACGCUCCCUAAUGGCCUCCGCGUCGCCACCGAAUCUUCCCUCGCCGCCCGAACCGCCACCGUCGGCGUCUGGAUCGACGCCGGCUCGCGCUUUGAGACCGAGGAGACCAACGGCACCGCGCACUUCCUGGAGCACAUGAUCUUCAAGGGCACAGAGCGCCGCAACGCGCGUGAGCUUGAGGAAGAGAUCGAAAACAUGGGAGGGCAUCUCAACGCGUACACCUCACGCGAACAGACCACAUAUUACGCUAAGGUUACCGAUAGCGAUGUCCCCCAAGCCCUCGACAUCCUCGCCGACAUUCUUCAGAAUUCUCGAUUUGAGGAAAAUCGCAUCAGCCGCGAACGUGAUGUUAUUCUCCGUGAAAUGGAGGAGGUUGAGGGUCAAACUGAGGAAGUGAUCUUUGACCACCUACACGCAACUGCAUUCCAAUACACUCCUCUUGGAAGGACCAUUCUUGGACCUGCUCAGAACAUUAAGACAAUCACCAAAGCUCAUCUGCAGAGCUACAUUCAGACACAUUACACGGCUCCUAGGAUGGUAAUAGCUGCAUCUGGAGCUGUAAAGCAUGAGGAUAUUGUUGAGCAAGUGAAAAAGUUGUUUACUAAGUUGUCGACAGAUGCCACUACCACAGCUCAAUUGGUUGCUAAAGAGCCAGCUAUUUUUACUGGUUCCGAGGUUAGAAUGCUUGAUGAUGAUAUUCCCCUUGCACAAUUUGCGGUGGCUUUUGAGGGGGCAUCGUGGAAGGACCCAGACUCAAUUGCUCUCAUGGUCAUGCAAGCUAUGUUGGGCUCUUGGAAUAAGACUGCAGGAGGUGGUAAACACAUGGGUUCUGAGUUAGCUCAACGGGUUGGUAUUAAUGAAGUUGCAGAGAGCAUUAUGGCUUUCAAUACCAAUUACAAGGACACAGGUCUUUUUGGUGUUUAUGCAGUUGCUAAGCCUGAUAGCUUGGAUGAUUUGUCAUAUGCAAUAAUGAAUGAGACAACCAAGUUGGCUUAUCGUGUUUCAGAAGAUGAUGUUACACGUGCUUGUAAUCAGUUGAAAUCUUCGUUGCUACUACACAUUGAUGGAACAAGUCCAGUGGCUGAAGAUAUUGGCCGUCAGCUGCUUACCUAUGGUAGGAGAAUCCCGUUUGCUGAAUUGUUUGCUAGAAUUGAUGCGGUUGAUGCCAGUACAAUUAAACGGGUUGCAAACAGGUUUAUUUAUGACAAGGAUGUAGCUAUUGCUGCCAUGGGUCCUAUUCAGCGUUUGCCCGACUACAACUGGUUCAGACGCAGAACCUACUGGAACAGAUAUUAGUUUCAGUUCUUUUUUGUGUUUUUUGCUUCAUCUCAACUUCAUCAGGGAGGUUCGACAUAUGUUUUGAUCAAAUUUAUGACAUGCCUAUGAAUGACGGCUACCGCUGUUAUUUUUUAUUUAAUUACGAGCCUCUGUUUUGUAUCAUUUUUGCAAUAAUAAGUAUGCUGCUGUCACUGAUGCAAUUGACAUCAUGUUACUCAUUCUUGUUGAAAAUGGUAUUGCUGAAAGUUGCCUUA